GCCGCCGCGCCCCGAGUGAGAGCCCCGUGCCGGGAACAUGCCCCUGGGCGCCUACUGCUACCUGCGCGUGGUGGGCAAAGGCAGCUAUGGGGAAGUGACGCUCGUGAAGCACCGGCGGGACGGCAGGCAGUAUGUCAUCAAAAAGCUGAACCUCCGAAAUGCCUCCAGCCGGGAGCGGCGGGCUGCCGAGCAGGAAGCCCAGCUCCUGUCCCAGCUGAAGCACCCCAACAUCGUCACCUAUAAGGAGUCGUGGGAGGGAGGAGACGGUCUGCUGUACAUCGUCAUGGGCUUCUGUGAAGGAGGCGACCUGUACCGGAAGCUCAAGGAGCGGAAGGGGCAGCUGUUGCCUGAGAGCCAGGUGGUGGAGUGGUUCGUGCAGAUUGCGAUGGCAUUGCAGUAUUUACAUGAGAAGCACAUACUCCAUCGAGAUUUGAAAACUCAGAACGUCUUCCUAACCCGAACAAACAUCAUCAAAGUGGGUGACCUGGGCAUCGCCCGCGUGCUCGAGAACCACUGUGACAUGGCAAGCACCCUCAUUGGCACGCCCUACUACAUGAGCCCCGAGCUGUUUUCCAACAAGCCGUACAACUACAAGUCUGAUGUUUGGGCGUUGGGCUGCUGUGUCUAUGAGAUGGCCACUCUCAAGCAUGCUUUCAACGCGAGGGACAUGAAUUCUUUAGUUUAUCGGAUUAUUGAAGGGAAGCUACCACCAAUGCCAAAAGACUAUAGCCCAGAGCUGGCAGAACUGAUCAGAACAAUGUUGAGCAAGAGGCCUGAGGAGAGACCCUCCGUGAGGAGCAUCCUGAGGCAGCCGUACAUAAAGCGCCAAAUCGCCUUGUUUUUGGAGGCCACAAAGGCAAAAACCUGCAAGAAUAACAUUAGGAACAGUGACUGUAAAUCCAAGCCUGUUGCUGCAAUGGAGUUGAGAAGCUCAGAGGCCGACCACGAAGUGCCCCACCUCCAGGCCCCCUCUCCUAAGGACUCGAGGACGGGCGCAAUGGGCGAAGAUGCACGUGUGUCCCACGGGAAGCCAUUGGUCGUGGGUUCUUUGAAGUCACCUACUGAUGUGAGAGGCCACAGCAGCAAACCUUGCAUGAGUGACACUGCACACGCACUAGCCACAGUCAGUGGGGUAGAUAUUGACAUCUCACCUGCUGAAAGGAGGGACUCACUGAGUGGCGGCCUAGUUCAGGAGAAUCAACAAGUACGCCUAGAUGCCCAGUGUGGUCUUUCUCAAGUGAUGGAGGAGAGGCCGAAGGAUUCUGCUACGUCACCUCCUCAGUCUGAAAACUUGGUUUCUUCCUCUUCCCAUGAUGAUGGCACUGGUGGAGGGCCUGAACCAGUAACGAAGCCUCUGCAGCCCCUACAGAGAGACCCAAAGCCAGAGGACAUGGACCAGGCUGCUGGAGAAGGUGUGGCCGAGGACCCGAGCGACGUCCACCAAGCUCUCCAGCCACGCAGCUCGGGCUCAGAGCCUUCUCUGUCCCGACAGAGACGACAGCAGAAGAGAGAGCAGGCCGGACAUCCUGCAGGAGAGGGGCAGGUCAGCAGAGAGCUCUUUGCAGUCCACGAGGCAGCUCCUGGACUGUUGCCUUCUCAACCCUCUAUUGGAACCAAAGCCAUUGGAUCGACACAAAAAGAUGCUAAAAGCCAGAGUAGGGCAGUUAGCAGGUCUAUGGACAGCUCAAGGAGCAAUGAGACAUCAUCAUCAAAGGACCGACCAUUGUCAGCCAGAGAGAGGAGGCGACUAAAGCAGUCACAAGAGGAGGUGCCCAGCUCCGGUCCUUCAGUGAGGCGAGCUCUGAGUGCAGUGGGGCCGGAGACGCCACAGGAGGAAGGCUGGUCUGCCCCUGCCCGACGGCUCUCUUCUGACUGCAGUGUCCCUAAGGAAAGGAAAUCGAUCCAUUCUCUGUCUGAGGAUGAAUUGAGUUCUUCUACAAGUUCAACUGAUAAAUCAGAUGGGGAUUCCAGGGAAGGGAAAGGUCAUACCAAUGAAAUGAGUGACUUGGUACAACUGAUGACGCAGACUCUGAAGUUGGAUUCUAAGGACAGCUGUGAAGAUCUGACAGUACCAAAUCCAGUGUCAGAAUUCAGACUUCACCGCAAGUAUCGGGACACACUGAUACUGCAUGGAAAAGUUCCGGAAGAGGCAGGGCAGCUCCAUUUUAAAGAGCUGCCUCCAGCUGUCAUGCCGGGUUCUGAAAAGAUCAGGAGAAUAGUUGAAGUCUUGAGAGCUGAUGUCAUCCAGGGCCUGGGAGUUCAGCUUUUAGAGCAGGUAUAUGACCUGUUGGAAGAAGAGGAUGACUUGCAGAGAGAGGUACGGCUGCGAGAGCACAUGGGUGAAAAGUAUAUUGCAUACGGUAUGAAAGCUCGCCAGUUAAAAUUUUUUGAGGAAAAUGUGAAUUUUUGAGAAUGUUUUUAUCUGCUGCCAGAACUAAAGGCCCAUUUUCCAGGGUUUUUAGCUUAAAAGUGAAACACAAUUGUUUGGAAUCCAUCCAUUAUCCUUUUCUUACUGAAAAUAUAUUGGACAGAACAAAGUAACAUUGAGCAAGCUCAUAAAGAAAAACAUUUUGGUUUUGAUAUUGUCUUUAUGAUGAAAAUGUUGUAUGUGGCUAUACUUACUGAGCCUUAAAUCACCAACUUUAUAUUUAGAACUUUAUUUUUUAAGGUAAUAGUUAAAAAUGAGGCCAUAGAAUACUGGAUUGUAAGUUUUGUAUUGUACUAAGAGGUCAAGGCAGUAAGAGAAACCAAUGACAUGUUUGUUCAGCAAAAACAUUUGCUAACAUAGCCCUUAGCGACUAGCAUAGCAAGUUCACUAUUCUAGGACUAAGUUUAAAGAACAUGCAGGUCUUUGUAGUUCUUGAGCAACUGACUUCCUUUUUUUACAUACUAAUGGACUUUAUAUAUUUUAUUUUCACUUAAUAUUAACCUUAUUUAGGGUUUACAAGUAUUUGGCUUUGUAAAUCAAUGUGUCUGCAUAUCUGUUUUACCAGAGUUUUCCUCCAGUGACUAUACUUCUUAAAAGUGAACUGCUUUCCCAGUUAAGCUAUUUAUAAGUCAAGCCCACAUCUUUUUAAUUUCAUUGAACAUAUUUAACAUUGUCUUCCUGAAGUUUGUUGUCCUCAUAACUUUGUGUUUUAAAUGUAUGAUUUACAGCAUAUAUUUGUUUAAUGAGGGAAUAUUCCUCUGUGAAAUAAAUUUUUUUACAA